AUCAAAUUGAAUUUCAAAACUUGAAUUUUAAUUCAAAUCACACACGAGAACGACCUAUAAUCUUGUCCAAUUUUACAUAGAAGUACACCAUCCCUUCUCAGUAAGUUCGACGUUUCAACAUGAAUAAUCCGUGGAAGCUGAUAUUUGUUAUUUUAUUUAUACGUGAAGAAAUUACCGCAACUCAGUCAUCGAAAAAUAAUUGCACAAAAUACGAUCUUACUAAUGUUUUAAACGAUGCGAUACUAAAACUAUUCAAAGGUACCGAUUUUUUUGAAAAAUUGGAAUCGCAGAUAAUCCUGAAAGACCUUAAAUUUUUACAUGAUGUUUACAAAAUUAAUAAUACUGAAAAACUACAACCAUUUGGAGAUACAAUCGACUUGAAGGGAUUGUAUAUUUCUCGAUUGGUUUACGGCCCCCUAAUCGGCGGAGAAAAUCCGCGAGAUACGAGUACAAUUCGCUGGGAUUUUCCUGAAAAUAGACUUCGCAUGUUCUACGCUGAGCUGUAUUAUGGUAUAACAGGAUACGUCCAAGUAGAUGAAGAAUCAUCAUCAUAUCGAUAUAGGGAGGAUGGCAGCGCCAGCAAAUUUGAGUUAGAUCACAACAAAUACAAGAAUUUUUCUAUUACAGCUACAAAACCACCAACAAAACAAAGCUGUAAUGAAAGUAUCCUCAUCAAUACAUCGUAUGAUUAUUUGAAAAACCCUCCAGGUAUCAAAUUGGCAAAGCAUCGUAAAUUAUCUUACAAACAACAUCUCAAAUUGUCAUACAUAAUCGGCUCGGAAUUACCAUCCAUAAUGCACCAUAUUUUCAACGAUAGUGGCAAUUUCAACGCGCUACUAGGUGAAAUAUUCAACCGUAACCCAAAACAGCAUAUCAUUUCAGCCUUUCCCGAUUUUUUGACCAACGAACAACGUUACUAUUACCUCCUACCAGACAUUAAUUUCAUGUAUAUGAGUUUCAAAAAUAUCACCAUCAGAGGACUCUCGAAUUUCGAAUCGUACACGAACCUUAAACAUUAUCUUUAUCGUGUAUUCUCCGACCACAUCUUUGUUUACACCUUAUACGUGAAGGAUGUACGAGGACACAUGACUUUAGAACCCGGAUUUGACCAUUUACCACAUUUUCAGCUGAAUUUUUUCAUUCCUAAUCUUAACAUGCGGUUUGUUCCAAAAAAUAAGCAAUUUCGCGUAGAGGCACACAACUACUCCAUCGUUGAAGAUACUCCCCAGGCUCCCACAAUGAUAUCUUCGUGGUUAUCGAAAUAUUCUACGAGCAUUAUUCAGCUUCUUCAAACAGCAAUGACAGAUUUAAUGAUGCCAAUGGAAAAAAAUAACUCAAUUCCACUGUCGCCCCAACUGGCUGAAAUGGAAGCUUCGUUCGGAGACAUUUUGAAGAACUAUACUAUCUGACAAGACGUUCCCGAACCCUGCCGGAUCAAGAACACAAUAUACUCGUACAUGUAGGUCUUGAAUUCCAAUGGAUUUUUUUCGAGUGAUUUACAAACUAAUUUUUUUGUGUGGAUUUUUUGUAAAGAUUCAGAAUAAAGAAUUCAGCCCUGGCGAUUUCAAACUGA